UCCGUUUGCUGUUUUUCUGUGUGGUUUUCCUGCAACAAUAAUUGUUGCAAACUUACAGAAAAAAACUUUUCCAUAAUAGUCGUGAUAUACAGGAUAGCUUAAUCCUUGCAAGGCCAUGGCGAGAGAUGGGGGUGAGUAUGUGGAAAGCUGGAGUGAAAUAGCCAAGAUAUCUGUGGUGUUGGCAGUGGUGGUGAUAUUUAUUGUCUUCAUAUCAAAGGACGCAGUGAAGGCGUUGAAGAGGAGAGCGCAUUGGAUUCCAGGCGAUAGUCUUGUACUCACUGCUCUUACAAUUCAAUUGCUUAACCAGCUUAGUGGGCAUGGAGCGUUGGUGGAAGAGGCAUUGAACAAUCCUUCUCCAUUCAGAGAAAACAUUCUUAAGAGCGAUUUUUAUAUGAUUCAUAGCAGCCAGGUGAUGCUCUGUAUAGCCAUAGCAUAUAUGGUGCCAGGAAUGCCCGCUCGCGGCUUCGAAGACGCGUGGGGCAAGCCAACGGCCUUGGUCAUAACUAUCCUUGUCCACAUUACUUCAGAAGUAUACACUAUACAUCAAGCUGACUCUACAUUAACUGGUUACCUCUAUAUUUGGCCGCAAUCAAAUGAAAGUAACCACACAGUGUACAUUGCCAUAGCUUUCACAGUGUCCUUCUCUUUCCUAAUGCUCGUUCUUCUUCUGGGCUGCGCUACCAUAGCUGGCAAGGGCAUCGAAGGCAUCAUUUCUCAGAAAAUUCCUCUGAUUCUUUCCACGCCCAGUUCAGAUCAGUGCUCAUCUUGUUGGCAGGCAGUUGAAGAGCAAAUAAUGCGGUCAUGGAUUGUUGCUCGUGCUUCCAACCCCGAAUACAUCAUUGCCAGGUCGCCAUUGAGUUCGUCAGUUGCUGCCAUUGUUACAGUUCAAGCCGUGGCUUCAAUAGCUAGGUGGUAUAUUGAGGGCCCAUCUGUAGUGAUCUACGAUUUGUUUGCAGGGUUAAAGUUCGCAGGUACAGUGCUUCAACAAGUGUUCAUAUGCAUAGGAUGGGCAAUCAUCGGAUGGAGAUGGGCCACUGCAGUGGGUUAUUACACCAGAUGGCAGUCAGACAACUGGCGUAGCGGCUUUCAGAUGGAAGAUUUUUGGACCAGACACAUUAGAGAGAUGCAGGAGGCCCUACAACCCCAUCUGACCGAAGAAAAAAAGCUUGAGAAGAAGGUGAAAAAGCUAAUUGCCAAGGAUCCCACCAGUCUAGCAGUACCAAGGCAAUUGUUGUAUGUGGUGCUUUUGUUGCAGUGGCUAGUGGUCUUAUGCAGUAAAGUCUGCUGGAUUGUCUCUCUCUGGAUUUUCCAAAACAAAUGUAUGAGGAAGUUAUUGUCUUUCAUAUUAUCCAAGCAUGAAAUAGCGGCUUUCGAAGACUACUCAAAAUAUAGAAAAAUUCUGGAGGGUGUGGAGAUGCUAAGGGAGACUCCUCAAAGCCUGUGGAUGGCUAACCGUAAGUCUAUUGCAGAAGCGAGGAAUCUUAUCAGAUUGGGCUAAGAUGAUGCGGAAUAUAAUUGCGAAGAUCUGAUUGCCUUUCUGGCAGAAAAAAGGACCCCUGGGAGUUUAGGCAUUAAUUUUCUGGAUUCCAGUAAACAUCAGAUGGGAUUGAAGUAUUUAUGUAAUGAGCAGAGAGCACAAUCAAGCAGGGUGGAAAUGCAGUCACUAGAUGUAGAAAAGCACUUCGCAGACGUGGGUAAAACAUCAUGGAAAAUGACAGCGGUGUCCCUACUUACAAUUAUUGUCGAGCUGUCUCCAAUUUGCGUGGAAGAUGAUGAUGAAGCCUGUUCCGUUUCUCAUGCUUUUCCUCCAAAACGGGCUGAAGAUUGUUUAAAAGCAUACUCUCAAGCAUGGGAGAUUGUAGAUUUUAUUGAGGACACAGAGAUAGGACGUGACCAAAUCAUUAGUCAAGCAGCUGAUAAACAGUUCCGCAGACUAAAGACCAUAGUGAAGAAGGGGAGUCUUCCUAGUAAUAAUUUUCGUCAUGCAACUCCCAAGUGCGUGUCUACAGCAUUGAAUGAGCUCGCAGAGGAAUAUAAAAAGCAAACGGAGCCAUCUGGUGGGGUGAACAUUGUAUCUGCAGUAUUUGGUUCACUAGGGGUGAAAAAUAAGAAAAAGGGCAAAGAUCUCCAUUCAGAAAAUUGGGAUAGAGUGGGAGGCAAUGACUCAAUUGAUUGGAAGGCUGCUGCAAUUGGCAAUGGCAUCUACAAACUGUGCAAAAGCAUUGACUAUAGCUCAACUUCUGACGUCAAGGAACUGGUUAAUGAGAUAGAAUCUUCUUGGCAGAUAUUAUAUAUGGUUGCAUCAUUCAAGCGAAAUCCAGACUGGUGUUGAGCUCCAGAAAGUGGGCUCGAGAUUCCCAUGAAAACAAAAUGGUAGAGCACUUUAUACGACUGGGAAAGCCAGAGUAGUAAUGGAGAAAUUGGAACAUGUUGAGAAGGAAAGGACCAGCGACACCAACUCCCUCGCAAUAGUUGGUUUUUAGCUCGUGGUGGUAGUCUCUUUAAGCCUGGAUGGUUAGGUGAUAAACUUUUAUAUGAAGUGACAUCAUUAUGUAACUGCUCUAUUUCUAAGCAUAAGUUGUGUUAGCACAUU